AUGAGCUGUGGCUUCAAGCAGACCUCCAGAAGCUGCCUGCGUGGGAGCAGCGGUGGCAGCAGUAGCAAUGCUGGGGGUGGAGGGGGCAGCAUGUAUGCCUGUGCAUCCUCCAAAAGAGUCACUUCUAGGACAAGCGGUGGGGGCAGGAGUUCUGGCAGCAGUUGUGCUGGAGGAAGCUCCAGGAGCAGCUAUGGUGGUGGAGCAGGUGCUAGUUAUGGAAGGAUCAGGCGCAGUAGUUACGGAGGAGGAAUGAGCAGCAGAAGCUGUGGAGGAGGAAUGAGUGGUGGUUAUUAUGGAGGGCAAAUGAGUAGUGGUGGCUAUGGAGGGGUCAUGGGCUUUGGAUCAGGUGAGAGUGGGUUUGGUGGUGGUUACGGAGGAAACUUCGGUGGAGGUGGUGCUGGUUUCAGUGGUGGCAGCUUUGGUAGUGCUGGCUUUCCUGGAUGGACUGGGGGAAUUCUCUCCAACGAUGAAAAGCUGACCAUGCAGAGUCUCAAUGAACGCCUGGCUUCUUACCUGGACACCGUCAGAAAUCUGGAAAGGGAAAAUGCUCAGCUUGAGCAGUUAAUCAGGGAGUGGUACCAGAAGCAAGGCCCUACUGGCACAAAGGACUACAGCCACUAUUAUGGAGAAAUCGAAGACCUUCAAAACCAGCUUGUGACAGCGGCCGUAGAGACCAACAGGGUUCUUCUGGACUUGGAUAACACAAGGAUGACUGCAGAGGACUUCAGGAUAAAGUACGAGACCGAGCGUGGGCUCCGGCAGAACGUGGAGGGUGACAUCAACAGCCUGCGGCCCUUGCUGGAUAAUCUGACUCUGAACAGGUCUGACCUGGAAAUGCAAUUUGAGUCUCUGAAGGAGGAGAUGAUUGACCUCAAGAAGAACCAUGAGGAGGAGAUGAAAUUGCUGCAUACACAGUCCAGUGGUGAUGUGAACGUGGAGGUGAAUGCUGCUCCAGGGGAGGACCUGCUGAAAAAGCUGAAUGCCAUGAGACAGGAGUACGAAAAUAUCAUUCAGAAAAACCGUGAAGAGGUUGAGAGCUGGUAUGAAAGCAAGAUGGAGGAAGUGAGUCAACAGGUCCACUCAACUGGCCAGGAAGUGGAGUCAAGCAACCAAAAGAUCUCUGAGCUGAGACAUGAAUAUCAGAGCCUGGAGAUUGAGCUGCAGUCGCAGAUCAGCAUGGUGGACUCUUUGCAGUCCAACCUGGAAGACACGGAACGUCGCUACAACAUGCAGCUGCAGCAGAUCCAGGGGAUGAUCGGCCCCUUGGAGGAGGAGCUGGCCAGCAUCCGCUGUGAGACAGAGAGUCAGAACCAGGAGUACAAGAUGCUCCUGGGCAUCAAGACCCGCCUGGAGCAGGAGAUCGCUCAGUAUCGGGCUCUGCUGGAAGAGGGGCAGCAGGACAUUAGCACCUCACAGGGAGGAGCUGGUGGUGGAUCUUCAGGAGGAGGACGUCAUGGAGGAACCAGCUUGUCUCCUGGAAGAGGAAGUAGUGGAGGAGGAAGCAGUUGGUCCUCAAGUGGAGGAAGCAGCAGAGGAAGAACUGGAGGAUCCUGCAGAAGAACUUCCUCAUCAGGAGGUGGAGGAGGAGGGAGCGGAGGAGCAGGAGGUGGAGCCUGUGGUAAAACCUCAGGUGGAGGAGGAGGAGGGGGCAAAUCCUGCCUCUCCCGCUCUUCAUCUUCCCAGCCCCAGUCUGGCAACUCUUAUGAAAGCCAAGAAGGUGCUGAAAACAUGAAACUCUGCCUGGAAGGGAAUAAAACUCUGGAUAGAGGAGCAACAAUGGACGAAGUGUCUGAAGCCAUAAAAACAAUGAGACGGGGGAGUUUCAGAAGGUCUGAGGAAUAA